GGUUGCCGGCAGCAGUUGUUGAAGUUUGGUAUCGGUUCAUGCGAUAUCGUCAGCUUUGGUUAUGUAACAGUUUCGGAACCGAUAUUAUACAUUUAUUAUAUUAACUUUGAUUAUGGCAGCUUUUGUUAAGUUGAACACAGGAGCAAUAAUGCCUAUUGUCGGUCUUGGGACGUGGAAGUCUCCCCCGGGUAAGGUAGCCGAAGCAGUGAAAGCUGCCAUCACUGCAGGGUACCGGCACAUUGACGGCGCCUUCAUCUACCAGAAUGAGAAGGAGGUGGGAGAGGGAAUUCAUGCCAUGGUCAAAGAAAGUGUGCUGAAGCGGGAGGACCUCUUCGUGGUCAGCAAGUUGUGGUGCACCUUCCAUGAAAAAUCUUUGGUGAAACCAGCUUGUCAGAAGACUCUGAAUGACUUGAAUCUGGAUUACUUGGAUUUGUACUUGAUCCAUGCACCGUUUGGUUUCAAGGCUGGAGAGGAGCUGUUCCCAAAGGACUCUGAGGGGUUUGUGAUUCCUAGUGAUACCUGCUUCCUGGACACCUGGGAGGCCAUGGAGGAACUGGUGGAUGCAGGGAUGGUCAAGGCUAUCGGGAUCUCCAACUUCAACCGAGAGCAGAUCGAGGCCAUACUGAAUAAGCCAGGCCUUAAGUACAGGCCUGCCACCAAUCAGAUUGAGUGCCACCCCUACCUGACCCAGGAGAAGCUGAUCAGCUACUGUCACUCCAAGGGCAUCUCUGUGACGGCCUACAGCCCGCUGGGAUCCCCCGACAGACCGUGGGCCAAAGCAGAGGACCCCUCUCUGCUGGAUGACUCCAGCAUAAAGGCCAUAGCUGAGAAGCACAAGAAGACUGCAGCACAGGUCCUGAUCCGCUUCCAGAUCCAGAGAAACCUGAUUGUCAUUCCCAAGUCCAUCACGCCUCAGCGCAUCCAGGAAAACAUCCAGGUUUUUGACUUUGAGCUCACUGAGGAAGAGAUGAAGACCAUUAUGGGGUUCAACAGGAACUGGAGAGCCUGUCAGAUGCUCUGGGGGUCGAAACACAAGGACUUUCCUUUCCACAGUGAAUUCUAACGGGGACAUGCAUAAAGAAAUUACUAAGUAUUUCGUCUCCGCAGUACUCAGCAUCUGUGCUCCUGAGACUGAGUCACCCAAUAUGACAAGGGUGUGAGAGGAACCGAUGAUGUUCUGCAAGCGGGAAGAAGAAAAAUGAUUUACUCGUUAUUAUUAACUCGUAUUAAUAAUGUAAACUUAGUUGCAUAAUAUAACACUGAACAAGGUAACAGAGUAACAUCAUAAACUAUAGACAGAGAUUCUGGGAUUAACAUACUAACAUGUUGUCAGUGAUUAAUACCACAUGGUAACACUUCUGGAAAAAAUCUUUAUAUCGUUCCUAGUCAGCACUUUUCUGAGUUAAUUACUUUUGUCUUGCUGAGAUACAGAGGGAGCCGUAUCUGUCCAGAGAAAUUUUGUAAAGUCAGAUCACAGUGAUUCAGCAUUAUUCGUGAACUAGUGGCCUCGAACUAGCGGCCUGAAGUGCGUUAAAUAAAAUCUUUAAUAGUUACCAUA